AUGCUGUUAAUUGUAGUAGUCGUAGCUCUUUCUUGCUCUGUAUAUACCUGCCAUGGCUCAUGUAACUUACUUGAUCGAGACUCUUUAUCAUUAUUCAAUCUGAGCAUCAGUACUCCAUAUCCUUCGAAUUGGUCUCUUUCUGCUGAUUGCUGCAGCUGGGAAGGAGUUGGAUGUGACGAUAGUGACAGAGUGAAUAGUCUAUUGCUACCGUCGAAAGGGCUAGCUGGAACCAUCUCUCCUCUUAUUGUAAACCUCAGCCAUGUCACUGAACUCAACCUGUCACGGAAUUGGCUCUCUGGUCCUAUCCUGGAUGGAUUUUUUACGGCCUUGAACUGCCUGGUGAUCAUUGAUUUGAGCAAUAAUCGGCUAUCUGGAAACUUAUCAGAUUCUAAUAAGUUGAUGAAUACUGUCACAACAGUGGAUUUAUCCAGCAACCGCUUUUAUGGGACUAUUCAACCUUCAUUUCUCCAGCCAGCAUUGAAUUUGCAAAGAUUUGAUGUCAGCAACAGCAGCUUCUCUGGGCCAAUUCCUUCAUCUCUCCGCAGAUUUUCACUUCAAUCCAUCAUCUUGAUUUCUCCAACAAUGACUUUGGAGAUUCAACGAGCAGAUUUCAAUAAUCUUUCGGGACACAUACCCAGUGAUAUUUACAAAGUUUCAGCACUGCAAGAACUGUACUUUCCUGCCAAUAAGCUCUCUGGAAAGAUGGAUGGAAGCAUAGAUAACCUCGUUAACCUUAGAACACUGGCUCUCUAUGGUAAUGAAUUUACAGGAAAGAUUCCUCAAGAUAUUGGGAGUCUCUCCAGCUUGGAACAUUUGCUACUACACAUAAAUCAACUAAAUGGCACUCUGCCCCAAUCUCUUAUUAAAUGUACGAGACUUACAAUGCUGCAUUUAAGGCUCAACUUCCUUGAAGGUGAACUUUCUAGUUUUGACUUCUCCAAAUUCAUUAAGCUUAUAUCAAUUGACCUGGGGAAUAAUUUCUUUACUGGUAGAUUGCCAGCAACUCUUUUUUCAUGCAAGAAUUUGACUUAUAUUCGUCUGGCUACGAAUAGCAUAAAUGGAGAGAUUUUACCUGACAUUAUGGCAUUACAAUCCCUAUCUUUCUUAUACCUUUCUAAUAGCAGCCUAAACAAUGUUACUAGUGCAAUACGAUUCCUAACGGGGUGCAAGAACCUCAGUACUUUAGACCUCUCAAAAAACUUUCACAGUGAAUCAUUGCCCGACAAUGAAAACUUGCCCAAUGGUGCCUCCAUUCUGCAAUACAAUGAUCUCUCCUACCUGCCACCAGCAAUAUACCUUGGGAGUUACAGAAUCAGUGGUACAAUCCCGAUUGAUAUUGGCCAGUUGAAGUUCAUUGUUGUCCUGAAUCUUAGCAAUAACAAUUUCUCUGGCAGCAUUCCUGACUCGAUAUCUAAUCUCACAAACUUGGAAAAACUGGAACUAUCUGGCAACCAUCUUUCUGGUGAAAUUCCCGCAUCAUUCAAGAAUCUUAAUUUUCUGUCCUUUUUUAGUGCUGCAUACAACAAUCUUCAAGGUCGGAUACCUGUCGGAGGUCAAUUUGACCAUUUCCAAGUUCAAGCUUUGAAGGAAAUCCAGGGCUGUGCGGUCGAAUUCUGGAGCGGCCAUGCGCAUCCCCACGAACAACUGAGAGAAGAGAAGACGCGGAAAAGGAAAUAA